UGCUCAUUUUCUCAUCAAAUUCCUCCACUUUCUUUCACUCCAAACACACUCUCAGUAUGUCUGCUUUAAGAUCCACCAUUUCUUCUGGGAUAAUCAGAUCAACUUCACCCACCCAUUCCUUGUUGCCUGCAGCUUCAUCUUUCAAGCCCAUCAAAAACCCUUGUUUACCUCAAACCCACAAGCUUUUCACAUCAAACUCCAACACUUUCUCAGCUCCCAAGCGAGGUUUCACUUGCAAAAGCCAGGCUAUUCCAUCUGAUAACUCAGCUCCGGAAAAAGUUCAAGAACUACAUGUGUAUGAGUUGAAUGAGAGAGAUCGUGGGAGUCCAGCUUACCUUCGUUUGAGUCAGAAAUCUGUGAACUCACUGGGUGAUCUUGUCCCUUUUAGCAACAAAAUAUAUAGGGGAGAUUUGGAGAAACGGAUCGGAAUAACAUCAGGAAUAUGCAUAUUAAUAGAGCAUAAACCCGAAAUGAAAGGUGAUCGCUACGAGGCCAUCUUCAGCUUUUACUUCGGAGACUACGGUCACAUAGCGGUGCAGGGACCUUACUUGACUUACCAGGACACGUAUCUGGCUAUUACUGGUGGGUCUGGCAUUUUUGAAGGCGUCUCCGGUCAGGUUAAGCUCCACCAAAUCGUCUUCCCCUUUAAGAUUUUCUACACUUUCUAUUUGAAGGGAAUUGGUGAACUCCCAGAAGAGCUGCUUUGCAAGCCGGUUGACCCACACCCAGCUGUUGAAGCCGUUCCGGCUGCUAAGGCUUGUGAGCCACAUGCCACCAUUGCAAAUUUCACUAAUUAAAUCAUUUGCAAUGUCAAUGGGAUCUUAGUAUAAAUUUUGUUGUAGCAGAGUUUAAGAUUAGAAUGAAUUAAUGUGUUGUCCUUUUUAAACUUUUUUGUCCAAUGGAUGAUUUUUGGCUUUUA